AUGAAGGGUGAUAAGAAAGUAGACCUCCAGGCUCUUAAAGAUAUUGCUAAUAAGUUGAGAAUCGACAGUAUCGUAGCCACAAAUGCAUCAAAAUCCGGUCACCCGACAUCAUGUGCAUCAAUGGCCGAGAUCAUGUCAGUGUUGUUCUUCCACACCAUGAAGUACAAGAUUUCAGCACCGAGAGACCCUUCAGCUGACAGAUUUAUACUAUCCAAGGGUCAUGCAGCCCCCAUCCUAUACGCGGCUUGGGCUGAAGCUGGUCUCUUCCCAGUUGAAGACCUUAAGAACCUACGGAAAUUGGACUCUGACCUUGAAGGUCACCCAACACCUCGUCUCAACUUUGUAGAUGUAGGUACUGGUUCCCUCGGCCAAGGUCUUGCUGUAGCUGCUGGCAUGGCCUAUGUUGGAAAGUACUUUGACCAGGCUCCUUACAGGGUGUUCUGUCUUGUUGGAGAUGGUGAGGCUGCUGAAGGCAGUGUAUGGGAGGCUUUGCACUUCGCUGGCCACUACAAACUAGACAACCUUGUGGUCAUCUUUGAUGUCAACAGGCUGGGACAAUCUGAACCCACCUCACUACAACAUCAGAUGGAUGUUUAUGACGCCCGUCCUCUGUGUCUGGAAAACCCACCGCUAUCCUUGCCAAGACUUACAAGGGCCGGGGAUUCCCCAACAUUGAGGAUCAAGAGAACUGGCAUGGAAAGGCUUUGGGGGGGCGAUGGGGAGAAGAUUAUCAAGCAUCUGCAAUCCUUGAUAAAGAACCAGAACAUAACGUUGAAAGCAUCUCCCCCCGUGUCAGCUGCCCCGCAAGUGCAUAUCGCGGAUGUGACUCUUUCUUCCCCACCAGCCUACAAGAAGGGAGAGCUUGUUGCCACAAGACUCGCGUACGGAACUGGACUAAAAAAGAUCGCUGACACUAACCUCAGAGUCAUUGCCUUGGAUGGUGACACGAAGAACUCUACAUUCAGUGACAAGCUGAGAGCUGCCUACCCAGAAAGAUACAUCGAGUGCUUCAUAGCGGAGCAGACCUUAGUGGGUGUGGCGACGGGAGCCGCGUGUCGUGACCGCGCUGUUGUCUUCGCUUCUACGUUUGCCGCUUUCUUCACCAGAACUUUCGACCAGAUCCGUAUGGGCGCUAUCAGCCAGUCGAACAUUAACUUGGUUGGUUCCCACUGCGGUGUCAGUAUUGGAGAAGAUGGACCGUCUCAGAUGGGUCUUGAAGAUAUCGCUCUCUUCCGUGCUGUGCCAACUGCAACUGUCUUCUAUCCCAGUGACGCAGUAUCAACAGAGCGCAGCGUGGAGUUAGCUGCCAACACCCGCGGCAUCUGCUACAUCCGUACUUCACGACCCAACACCGCCAUUAUUUACGAUAAUGACACCGUUUUUAAGGUCGGUGAAGCCAAGAUUGUCCGUGAGUCCGCCAAGGACAGCAUUUUGCUGAUCGGUUCUGGGGUCACUUUGCAUGAAGCGCUCGCCGCCGCUGAUCAAUUGCAGCAGCAAGGCAUCAGCGCACGUGUGCUGGACCCGUUCACAGUAAAGCCCUUGGAUGAGGCCGCUGUAAGAGCUCACGCGCACGCUGUUGGUGGAAGAGUGCUAGUCGUUGAAGACCACUACCAGGCUGGUGGUCUCGGUGAGGCGGUGUUGUCCGCUUUGGCUCUGGAACGAUCAGUGGUCGUACAGCAUCUCUACGUAAAGGAAGUCCCACGAUCAGGUCCGCCCCAGGCUCUACUCGACAAAUAUGGAAUUUCAUCCAAAAACAUUGUCGUCGCAGCUGGCAAACUACUGGCUGUUUAA